AAGGCUGAAGCUGAAGCACUUCGAGUAACGGAAGAAGAAAAAGCACAAGUGGAAGCUGAAGCAUUCCGUAUCAUAAAGGCGCAAAAGGCAGAAGCAGAAGCAUUCCAAAGCCAAGAAGCAGAAAAGUCAGAUGUUUUUGAAGGACUUCAAGUUGAAGCACCAGAAGUAGAGGACGAGGUAUUCCGAAUUCAGGCGGCGGAGAAGGCAGAAGCGGAAGCUGAGGCACUUCGAGCCGAAGCUGCAGCAGAAGAACAAGAAUUGGCCGACGCUGCCAAAAUUGUGGCAGAGCAACUGGAGGUGGCUCGUCGUGAAGUGGAGGAGGCAACCAAAAAAAGUACUGAGACCAGAACAGCCAACAGCAUUCCCCGUUCAAGUGAAAUAAAUACCAACUCCGUCGAAGUCAUCAAAGAUACUGGUCCUGUAGCAAAGUCUGCUCCUUCUGUAGUUGAAAGCUUUGGAGGCAAUUUCGUUGUCGCUCAAGAUGAGAAAGAUUUUGGGAAUGCUGGUGUUGCCUCAACGCAAAGUCGAGAAACUGCUACGGGCGGUGUUUCCAAAAACAACAUCGAAAAACCUCCACCAGAAAAGGUGAAGAAUGCAAUCACGGUAGAGGUGGAAUCAGUUGUGGAAUCAUCUACACCGGAAAAAGAAGACAGCAUUUUAAAGGAAGUGCCAGAAACGUCGUCGCCUGCAUUGUCAGAAACCCUCGCGGCCAGCGGUGCAGUGAUUGGGUCAACUGAGAUGAAUACUGUAGAAGUAUCCAAAAACAGCAGAAAUAUUGUUGAGACAGCGACUGAGAUAUUCGAAAGCGGGAAGAGGACUGCACAGUCGAUCGUGAAAACGGGCACAGAAGUAGUCGACACUGGAAAGAGGACUGCAGAAACAAUCGUCAACACUGGGAGAGAAGUAGUCGACUCUGGAAAGAGGACAUACAAUACAGUCGUUGAUACUGGAAAGGAAGUCAUUGAUUCGGGCAAAAGAACUGCAGCUGCAGUUGAAGAAACUGCACAAAAGGCUGCUAUAAAAGGAAGAGAGAUGUAUGAAACUGGUCAAAAGUACGUUACAAUUGUCAAUGAAAACAUCCCAAUAAUUGUAGAAAAGGGAGAGAAAGUGAUAGAAGCAGGAAAAGAAAUCGCACAAGACGAAGAAAAGGUGAAGGUAAUCGCGCUCGGUACCGCUGUUGUCGGAGCAGCAGUCAGUGCAGCCACUACGUCAUAUGCAUUACAAGAAGAGAAAAAGGGUACUGAUGGCGCUGUAGCAGGUGAAUGGAACGAAGACGAUUCUGGGACUGAAGCCAAUGCGUACGUUGCUCCUACCAAUACAACUUUUCCGAAACCUAAACAGAAGCCUAUCAUCAAUUCUAAGCCCAUCCCUUCGCAAGCCUCGCAGAAUGAAAACAGCUUCUCUACAUCAAAUCCGAAAUCCUUCAGCAGCACAGCAUCAUCGAAAAAGACUGCAUUUCCCACGCCAAAAUCUUUUCCGUCGAAAGCAAGUAGUGAUCCACAAAGAGCAAAAGCCGCAGUUUCGCAAACGACUCGUCCAAGCUUUGGAAUUCCAAAUCAGAAGGCACCAUCGAAACAGAGUUUUGCUGGAACAGAAGCCGGGUCUCCACCCUCCAAAAUCACUGGUGUCGGAAAGGAGGUUGCUUCACCAUUUGGAAUAACUCCGAAAAAAGCUCCUGUUCGGAAACAGCCAAGUUUUGGAUCUCCACCUCCGAAGAAAGUUGGCGCUGACAAGGAAGGGGCUGCAGCAUUUGUCAGUCCUUCUAAGCAAGCUCCCUUUGGCAAUGAGGUCGGACUUGGAUCUUCGCUUUCGAAAAACGUUCCUCCUAAGAAGCAGGGGGCUGCACCAUUUGGUAUUGCUCCAAAGAAAGUUCCCUUUAAGAAGGAGCCAGGAUUCGGAUCAUCAACGACGAAGGCUACUGAUUCGAAAACUUCAACGGACGAAGCAAGUAUCGAAUCUCGUACAAAGAAUCAAAAUUCAACUUCAUCGAUUCAACCAAAAUUUGGUAUUCCAUCAAGGACCAUACCAACACAGCAAAUGGAAACAGUGAAAGCAUCUAAAAGUGGAACCGCAAUGCCCGUAUCCAAGAAACAGGUAGCGGGAUCCACUUUUGGCAGGGCACCCUUUCCACAACCGCCGAAGAAGAAUGGUAUCAUCGAGCCGACAAUACUAAAAUCUACGACAGAAGAGGAAAGUGCGGAUGCGGAGACGAUUACUCCAUCACUUGGUGAGAGCAAGGCAAAAAUGCCAUUUCCAUCCAAAGCCAAUUUAACAAAGAAGCCAAACUUUGGUAUCUCUUCCAACAUAAAUUCAUCUGCAAAGGAACAGAAUGAUGAAAAGAAGAGCAUGUCAUCAUUUGGUCAAGCCAAGGCAAAAGUCCCAUUCCCACCCAAGAAAGCUUCUUUUGGAAACAAAUUUGGUAGCGUGGCAAAGCAACCAAACUUUGGAAAGGCAGAUGGUUCAAAGGCUGAAGAAGGUGACGAUGAAGAGAAAAGUGCACCAUCAUUUGGUCAAGCCAAGGCUAAGAUGCCAUUCCCAUCCAAGAAAGCUUCCUUUGGAAGCAAAUUUGGUAGUGCAGCAGAGGCACCAAACUUUGGAAAAGUUGAUGCUUCAAAAGAUGAAAGAAGUGAUGAAGAGAAGAGCACGCCAUCAUUUGGUCAAGCCAAGGCAAAAGUACCAUUCCCACCCAAGAAAGCUUCUUUUGGAAACAAAUUUGGUAGUGCAGCAAAGGAACCAAGCUUGGGAAAAGUUGAUGCCUCAAAGGAUGAUGAAGGUGAUGAAAAGAAAAGUGCACCAUCAUUUGGUCAAACCAAGGCAAAGAUGCCAUUCCCAUCUAAGAAAGCUUCUUUUGGAAGCAAAUUUGGUGGUACUUCCAAGAAUGAAGGAAGUGAUGAUGCUGAGAAGAGCAUGUCAUCAUUUGGUCAAGCUAAGGCAAAAAUGCCAUUCCCAUCCAAGAAAAUUUCUUUUGGAAGCAAAUUUGGUGGUACUUCAAAGAAUGAUGCCGAGAAGAGCACGUCAUCAUUUGGUCAAACAAAGGCAAAAGUACCAUUCCCGCCCAAGAAAGCUUCUUUUGGAAGCAAAUUUGGUAGUGUGGCAAAAGAACCAAGCUUGGGCAAAGUUGAUGCCUCAAAGGAUGAUGAAGGUGAUGAAAAGAAAAGUGCACCAUCAUUUGGUCAAACAAAGGCAAAGAUGCCAUUCCCACCCAAGAAAGCUUCUUUUGGAAGCAAAUUUGGUGGUACUUCCAAGAAUGAAGGAAGUGAUGACGCUGAGGAAAAGAACAUGCCAUCAUUUGGUCAAGCCAAGGCAAAGAUGCCAUUCCCAUCCAAGAAAGCUUCUUUUGGAAGCAAAUUUGGUGGUACUUCAAAGGAUGAAGGAAGUGAUGAUGAAGAGAAGAGCACACCAUC